AUGAAGAUCCCUUUGAGCAGCUAUGGCCUUGCCAUCCUUUUGCUGCCGGCAGCCAUCGCCGAGCGAGCGACCUCGCCGGACGUGUAUCCAACUCCCCAAGGCAAAGGCGAAGGACAAUGGGCCGCCGCCUACGAGAGCGCCCGGGCGUUGGUCGGCCAGAUGACCCUGGACGAAAAGGUCAACAUUACCCGUGGCUUCAAAGCGGAUAACAUAUGCGCCGGCACCACGGGCUCUGUCCCGCGACUCAACUGGCCGGGCAUGUGCCUGCACGAUGCCGGCAACGGAGUCAGGGCUGCGGAGCUUGUCAACGCGUACCCCUCGGCGCUGCACUCGGGCGCAAGUUGGGACAGAAAUCUCACGCACCAGCGCGGAUUCCAUAUGGGAGGCGAGUUCAAAGGAAAGGGCAUCAAUAUUGCUCUUGGUCCUAAUGCUGGGCCACUCGGACGCACGCCUCUCGGAGGUCGAAACUGGGAAGGCUUCUCGGUUGAUCCUUACCUGUCUGGCCAACUCAACGCCGAAACCAUUACCGGUAUCCAGAAAGCCGGCGUGAUUGCCAACAUCAAGCACUUCAUUGCGAAUGAGCAAGAGACCUACCGCCGUCCCUACUUUGGAGUCGAAGCUGCCUCUUCUAAUGUCGAUGACAAGACACUGCAUGAAUACUAUCUGUGGCCAUUCAUGGAUGGUGUUCAUGCAGGCGUCGGGUCUGUCAUGUGCUCAUAUAACCGUAUCAACAACACUUACGGCUGCGAGAAUAGCAAGCUUAUGAAUGGCCUGCUAAAGGGCGAGCUUGCCUUUGACGGCUUCGUCAUGUUGGACUGGAACGCCCAGCACAACUUGAACAGUGCCAACGCCGGCCUCGAUAUGCUCAUGCCGAUGGGUGGGACCUGGGGCCAGAAUCUGACAGAUGCCGUCCACAAUGGCACUGUAGCCGAGGAGCGUGUGGCGGACAUGGCCACGAGAAUUGUUGCCUCUUGGUAUCUCGUCGGCCAGGACAGCUUCCCCGAGCCUGGUAUUGGUAUGAAGAACCUCACCGAGCCUCAUGAGUUGGUUGACGCCCGUACCCCUGAAUCCAAGCCCGUCCUCAUGGAAGGUGCCAUCACUGGCCAUGUCUUGCUGAAAAACACCAACAAUGCGCUGCCUUUCAAGGGGAAGCAAAAGAUGCUGUCCGUCUUUGGCUACGAUGCUGCCCUGCCAGAGACGAAGAACACGGAUGUCCUGUUCCAGCUGGGGUACUACUCUUCGCAAGAGAUGGCCCAGGCUGUCUUGGGCACGGAAGCGCACUUUGACCAAGCUGGCCGUGGUGGCACCAUCAUCAGCGGUGGCCGUGCCGCUGCCACCGCUCCCUCAUACAUAAUUGAUCCUCUCAAUGCUAUUCAGCAGCGUGCAGUUGAGGACGGUACGUGGGUCAACUGGGACACAAAGUCGUUUGAUCCUCCUGUCAACCCGGCGUCAAAUGCCUGCCUCGUCUUCAUCAAUGCCAUCUCAACCGAGGGCUGGGAUCGAGAUGGACUUCAUGACGACUUCAGUGACGGCCUCGUGCGCAACGUCGCUUCCAAGUGCGGCAAUACUAUUGUCGUCGUUCACGCAUCUGGCAUCCGCCUCGUUGACCAGUGGAUCGAGCAUCCCAACAUCACCGCCGCCGUCAUCGCCCACGUGCCCGGCCAGGACAGCGGCCGCGCCAUUGUCAAGCUUCUCUACGGCGAGGAAGGCUUCUCGGGCAAGCUUCCCUACACCAUUGCCAAGAACGAAUCUGAUUACGCCGUCUACAAGCCUUGCGGCCUCACUCACAAGGGCGACACGGAUCCACAAUGCGACUACACCGAGGGUCAGUUCCUCGACUACCGCGCCUUCGAUGCCAAGAAUAUUACGCCGCGCUUCGAGUUUGGCUACGGUCUAAGCUACACCACCUUCAGCUACUCGUCUAUUUCCAUCGCCGCGCACAGCGUUCGCAAAUGCGUCAGCACUGCUCUGGACGAGCUGUUUGAGGUCGUCGCCAGCGUGCAUGCCAACGUCGUCAACUCGGGCGCCGUCGCUGGUCAGGAAAUUGCCCAGCUCUACCUUGGCAUUCCUGGAGCGCCACCAAAGCAGCUACGAGGCUUUGAGAAGCUGGGACUGCAGCCUGGGGAGACUGGCAAGGUAACUUUUGAGCUAACCAAGCGAGAUUUAAGUCAGUGGGAUGUUGUGCAGCAGAAAUGGGUUUUGCACCCCGGUGAUUACAAGAUAUAUGUCGGCGCCAGUAGCAGAGACAUUCGCCUUACUGGCAAUAUUGUAGUGAGCACAUAG